GGGUGGGCUGCCCUUCCCCGGCCUCGAUGCCGUGACUUCUGUUCUGCCAUCGCCUGGCCCCCAGCAGCGAGAACUUCCAACGCUCAAGAAGCCCGAUGUGGUGCGACAAAGGGAAUCCAGCAUCUGGCACUUGCUGCUUUGUGAACCGGGACAGCCUCUGUGUGUCCGGUGUAGAUCGCAGGAGGUGCUGGUUGUGAUGGAGCGCUUCAUGAGGGCCGUGCCCUUCUGGCAGCCAUUGCAGGAGAAGGAGAUUCUGCCCACGGCCGAGUCCGACUUGGAAGAGGAGAUGAUGGGCAAGCGCUGGCGGGAUGCCACCCUGGGUGCCCUGCUCCUCAUCGGAGUGGCUGUGGCCAUGGCCCAGUUAUUCGCUGCCGUCGGGAACUGCAUGGCCCAAAGGACGCACGAUUUUGAGGACGGCGUCGAAGAAACUUGUCGCUUCAAGAAGGAACGCCUCUGUGCUGACAGUCGCCGAGACCAGGCUGAAGCCGUGGCAUUGGGCAUGCCAAUGCUGGCAGAGCCCGAGAAGGAGAGUGCAGGCUCCGCCGAGGGGCAGAGACUCGGGUCGGUGCGGUUGGACCAGAAGUCCGUUCCAGUAGGCACACUAACUGGCUUCUACGAGUAUGAGCUCUCCCUGGGGCUCGGAAAAUCCACUGUACUGCUCGCACGGGCCUUGGAUCUCAACAGAGUUUAUUACGUGCUGCACAACGGAUUCCUCUUGGCCGGGGCGUCAGACCAGCCAGGAGCGAGAGUCCGAAGGGAAGCGGUGAACAGCCCUCCAGAGUUUCUGCUCGCGAAGUUCCUGCGUGCCAUUGUCAUACAGUCCAACCUACUGGUGAUCUGUCGAAGAAAUGCCCUGCGACGAAUGCUCAUGAUGAUGCCUGCCGUCGUUGUAGGUAUUAUGGAAUCGGCCGGGACGUGUGCUCUGUUGCAAGUCUUCCUCGGUCUCAUAAGCGGGUGGAAGACGAUGUGGGCAAGCGUGAGGGUUCUUGGUCUAGGCCAUCUGGGAACGGCCCCUGCAACCGCGCUCGCCAAGGUCCUGAUGUCGUGGUCCAUGACGAACAACCUGAUGCUGGGAAGCGCUGGCAUAGUCUGGGAGGCCAUAGGUCUCUGGCUGGUCGCCAGCCUCUCAGAGACACGGCUGUGCAGGUCUUUUCUUGAGGGCAAGCGCCUUGUGCAACCGAAGCCCUGCAGCUCUGGCGCCCAAGAGCUCCCACAGGCCGUGCUGGCCGUCGACUUUGUGGGAUACCUUGGCCGCGCCAUUCAGGCCCUGGAAAUGCUGCCCCACGGCUGCGUGGAUUGGCCGGAAGGUGCCAAGCGCAUGGAUAGCAAUGAUCAUGUCUGCCCGGAGCUCGUGGAAGCGAACCGUACUUCGAAGUGGGUGGAUCUGCUCAAGGAUGCAGCUGCGGGGGCAGGGAACCUGAAUCCUGUGCUGAGGGGCCACGUCCAUCUUCACUCCCUUUGCUCCCGAAAUCCGCAGAGUGUCUAUGCAGUCUAUGCCUCGCCGGACCCAGACCGCCUUGGGAG